AUGGCGCUGGACAGCUACUAUCAGAACAAGAUCGAGGCGAUGAAGCUCGAGAUCCUCAAGGGUCAAGCAGUCCUCCGCCGCCUCGAAGCCCAAAGAAACGACUACAAUUCCCGUGUGAGGCUACUGAGGGAAGAGCUGGGUCUGUUGCAGCAGCCCGGUUCUUAUGUUGGCGAGGUCGUCAAGGUCAUGAGCACGAAGAAGGUCCUGGUCAAGGUGCAUCCCGAAGGCAAAUACGUUGUCGACAUCUCCGACAAUGUCGACAUCACAAAGCUCACCGUCGGCAAGCGGGUAACCCUGCUUUCCGACAGCUACAAGCUCGAGAAGAUGCUCCCCUCAUCCGUCGACCCCCUCGUCUCCCUCAUGAUGGUCGAGAAGGUCCCCGACAGCACGUACGAUAUGAUCGGUGGUCUGGAUCAGCAGAUCAAGGAAAUCAAGGAGGUCAUCGAACUGGGUCUCAAGCAUCCCGAGCUGUUUGAGUCCCUCGGUAUCGCACAACCAAAGGGUGUCCUUCUCUACGGCCCCCCUGGUACGGGAAAGACGCUGCUCGCCCGUGCCGUCGCACAUCACACCGAUUGCAAGUUCAUCAGAGUGUCCGGUUCAGAGUUGGUGCAAAAGUAUAUUGGUGAAGGUAGUCGCAUGGUCCGCGAGCUCUUCGUCAUGGCCCGCGAGCACGCCCCCUCCAUCAUUUUCAUGGACGAGAUCGACUCCAUCGGUUCCUCCCGUGUGGAGGGGUCGUCCGGCGGCGACUCUGAAGUCCAGCGCACCAUGCUGGAGCUCCUCAACCAACUGGACGGUUUCGAGCCCACCAAGAACAUCAAGGUCAUCAUGGCCACCAAUCGUCUCGACAUCCUCGACCCCGCCCUGCUGCGUCCCGGACGUAUCGACCGAAAGAUCGAGUUCCCCCCGCCAAGCGUGGAGGCCCGUGCCGACAUUCUCCGCAUCCACAGUCGCAAGAUGAACCUGACGAGAGGCAUCAACCUCACAAAGAUUGCCGAAAAGAUGAACGGUUGCUCCGGAGCCGAGCUCAAGGGUGUCUGCACAGAGGCCGGCAUGUACGCCCUGCGCGAGCGAAGAGUUCACGUCACCCAGGAGGACUUUGAGCUCGCCACCGCCAAGAUCCUCAACAAGCACGACGACAAGGAGGUGUCACUCGGCAAGCUCUGGAAGUAA